CAUGACUAGAUAAUGCAGUGCACGCUUGAAUAGUGAGGUUGGGGGUGAAUUAAGUUGGAAGGGUUGAGUUUUUAGAUUAGUAAACUAGAAGAUAAGACCUGUUUGCAGUGGCAGGUUAGUGGUUUAUGUAAAGUAGCUGUGAAUAUUUUUCCAUGCAAGGUGUGUGGCUGUUCUGAUAAUCUAAUUUGAAUUCCGUUUUUAAAUAUGGCAUGACUUCGCUUUUACACCGUAGCCACCUGUAGACUUCCAGGCGUACUUAUUCAGUUUUACGCAGCUUUAUAGUUGAUUGUGAUUCUAUACGUGGUCAACAAAAACCCCGAAAUUAAUACCUGAAUUGAUUCGGUAUAAUUUUCAUCGAUGAUGGUGUUUGUGUCUAGUGUUUAUUCAGUACAGCUUCGGGUCGAAAAUGAGUGAUAUACUGUUGGGUAAAAGGUUAUGUUUUGUGAGUGAUGUGAACCAGUAACUGACGUUAUUAUCGCAUGUAUUUGCUGGCUGUCACGUAAAGGAUUUGCCAUUCGCAUUACGGAGCUUCAAGUGGAAGAGAUGUUUUUACAAGGACCGGCUGUCAUCAUGGUGACGGUAUUGCGGAGGAAUAAGAAGGUUAUGCAGGUACAUCUUUCUUCACUUGGACGAAGCCUCAACGUUAAUAUCAGAACAAGUUGUGUGCAGUGACAUAUAUAUAAAGACAGUUGUUGAGUUUAUUUUGAAAUCGAGAAUGCUUCAGGAUAACAUUGAUAUGGAACAACUUCAACCGAUUUCCAGAACUUACCAGUACAGAAAGGUUAUGAAGCCGAUGUUGGAACGCAAACGUCGAGCCCGGAUAAACAAAUGUCUGGACGAGCUGAAGGACCUCAUGGUGUCAGCAUUGCAAGCCGAAGGUGAAAACGUCAGCAAAUUGGAGAAGGCAGACAUUCUUGAGCUAACAGUGCGUUACCUCCACAAACUAAGACGUCAACAGCGUCUCUCCGCUAACCCAGUAACAGACGCCGAUCGUUUCCGCGCUGGUUUCACCCACUGUGCUACAGAGGUCUCCCGCUGCCUAGCAGCUACACCUGGGGUAGACGUGAAACUGGGGACAAAACUCAUGACACACCUUGGACAUCGCCUUAAUGACAUGGAUAAGAUGUCACCGUUGUCGGUACAAGUUGGCCUGCCAUCGAACCCCGCCGCUGGCUACAAUACACCACCAGGGUCACCGGCGCCGGCUCUCAGUAGUUCCAGUGAAGGGACCAUGGCGGCAGCACCGGCUUCGGUCAUAACAACCGCGUCAUAUUACGUCAUGCCACUUACACCAGCGUCUUCGACGUCGUCGGCUGGUUGUUUAAGAAAUUCGACGUCACCAACGUCCGCUAACAUUAGUCCUGACUGUGGUGGUGGUCUGCUGAAGCUCGCGGAUGUCACAGUAAAGAACGAGUCAUCUGAACCGAUCUGGCGGCCUUGGUAAUUGAACGAAAUUUAAACAUUUAUGGACAAUUAAAGCUGAUUUUAUUUUGUACGAUAAUGGGAUUCCAUGGUGAUAUGUAUAGGUGGUAUUUUGGGGUCAUUGUGUCGUGUAUUUUGGUGUUGUAUCAGUGGGUUCGAGGCUUGUAAUGUCUUCGUCUUCAGCCCACAACCAAAAUAAUUCUAUACGGCACAGUUUCCCAGAAAACGUACGUCAGAUUUUAUUUUAUUGUUACAGUUAAUUUGUAGACCACAUCCUCUGUAGUUCGCUUGAAACUUGCAACUGAUGUUUUAUUUUUAAAAUUAAUCUUGCAGUCAUGUUUACUAAGAAUGCUCUUUGUUUUUAAUAAGACGUUUCAACAUCCGAGACGUUUAGUAGGAUUUGGUCUAUGAGUUGAGUGUAGUUUUGUAGAAAUUAUUUUCCAGUAUGGGUUAUAUGAUAAUCAGACUUUGCUUUUGAUAAACUGGUUUAUUUUAAUCGAAGCAGGGGCAUCUCACUAUAAAGUCUUUCGUAUUUUUAACAAACGCACUUGAACUGAUUAUAAAUGAUUUAUAUUUGCUGGUGAGUUAUAGAAAAAUAGUUCCAAAAUUGUGUGUGAAUGACUGAAUGAUUCAAUUGUUUGUUUGGUUAGAUUUUUCCGAGUGCCUGUUACGAUACGUGUCUAAAUAUUGCUCAAUUUGAUAAAGAGUCGGAAGUAGUGAGCUCGGAGCCAUUGUGUAUGUUGAUUAAGUUUAUAAAUGUUUUCCGAAUGUGCGAAUGUUCGUUAUUGAGAAUGUCAAAUUUUUUGUACAUAACCUAAUUCUUUUUCUCACGAGAAAAGUCGUUGUUGAAUUGCUUAUUGAUCUCAUAUCUGAGUUGGUUCAAAACUGUUUCGUGGUUUUAAUGUUGACCACUUCAUAAUAUUUCAGUGCCUUUAAUAACAACAGCGUAACAGUAAACAAUAUAACAAUUAUCUUUUAUAGCUUUAAUUAGACUGAAAUUCAUUAUGGUGACAUUUUGAAGUCUUGUUAUAAUCUUUGUAAUUACGAAUAUGAACUAUGCAUAGUAUUUUGUUUGCCUUUCGCAGCAAUCAAAGCUGUUUUUGUGAUAUCGACUUGUACCUGUGAUAAAUAUAACAAAUGUUUAUUAUUUAAGAAAAAUCUUUGAAAUUAGAAAUUACAUUGGAGAGUUGAUUUUGUAUUACAAGCUAUUCUGUGAUACGAAUACAAACAAUAAUUAAUGAAAUUA